UACAGAAGCAGGAUGCGUUUGGUGUGUACUUUGGGUCUUGUUUUGGCCCUACUGCAUGUCUCCACCUCUCUGCUGCUCGGAGCCUUCAACAUCAAGUCUUUUGGGGACACGAAAUCCUCCAACACGACUCUGAUGAACAUCAUCAGCACGAUUGUCCACCGCUAUGACAUCAUUCUGAUCCAGGAGGUCAGAGACAGUGACCUCUCAGCAACCAAAAGACUCAUGGAGCAUGUCAACAAAGGUUCUCCCAAGUACAAGUACAAUCACAUCGUCAGUGAGCCUCUGGGUCGGAGCACCUACAGAGAGAGAUAUCUCUUCCUCUACAGGGAGCAGGCAGUGUCUGUGGCUAAAAACUACACCUAUGAUGAUGGCUCUGAGUCCUCUGGAUCUGACACCUUCAACAGAGAGCCCUUUGUUGUCAUGUUCUCCUCCAAAAAUACUGCUGUGAAGAACUUUGUUCUGAUCCCCCAGCACACCUCUCCAAGCGCUGCUGUGGUGGAAUUGAAAGAGCUCUAUAAAGUGGUGCUUGAUGUCCGCAACCGCUGGAAAACCAAUGACAUUGUACUGCUGGGCGACUUCAACGCAGGCUGCAGUUAUGUUUCAGGCUCUGACUGGCAGAAAAUCCCCAUCUACACUGACCAGAGUUUCCACUGGCUGAUCCCUGAUGACGCAGACACCACAGUGUCACACACUAACUGCCCUUACGACAGGAUUGUGGUGACUACUGACAUGAUGAGGGGAGUGGUACCUGGCAGUGCUGAGGUCUACAACUACAUGACGGACUUGAAGCUCAGCCACCCUCUGGCACUGGCUGUUAGUGACCAUUACCCUGUGGAUGUGACACUCAUGUAA